AUGUAUUCCAUACCACCUAGAAAACCUCGUGCACUUAUGCGUGAACGUCUUGAAACAGAAAGCGUCAAUGCUCAAUGUCAAAAAUGUUUAGAAAAAGGUCAUUGGACAUAUCAAUGUACACGUAAAAGAAAAUAUGUUGAAAGGCCAUCACGUACACAGCUACUUGAGAAACGUAUAAAAAAAUUACAAAAAAAUCAACAAGAUGAAGAAAAAAAUGCUAAUGAAGCGAAAAAAAAACAAAUAAUGGAUCAAUUACAAACAAUUAAAUUUGAUAAAAAUAAAAAUACUAAUGAUAAGGACAAUGAUGGAAAUUCAUCUGAUUCAAGUUCAAGCAGUUCGUCAUCAUCAUCAUCGUCGUCGUCAUCAUCUAGCAAAUCUUCGACUAGCGGUAGUCAUAAAAGCAGUAGUGACAGCAGCAGUAACGAUUCCAGUGAUGAUGAAAGUAAAUCAUCAUCAUCAGAUACGAAUCACGAAUCACCAAAAAAGAAAGUUAAAACUGACAAAUCUGCAACAAAAAUUCAAGCUGCAUUUCGUAAUCAUCAAGCUCGACUUAGAUUAAAAAAACAAGCAGCAUGGCAAAUACAUGAAAAACUUGAAUAUUCUAGUGAACAAACUGAAGCCAAACUUAAAGAUAUGUUUGAAAAAUUACUCAAAGCAUCCGAUUUACUUUCACCAUCUGUUGCAAAAUUACUUCAUAAAGCUGGAUUACCUGUAGAAGAAAAAGAACUUCUACGAUUAACAAAUCCUGAUAAUGUUAUUGUUGAAACUAGCUAUCAAGGACCACGUAUCGAAGGCCCAAUUACAAGAAAGACAUUUGUAGAUUUGAUUGAAGCUUUUCAACAUGGACAAGUUUUACAUGAAAAAUAUGUCUGUCAAAUUCUUCAUCAAGCACGUGCUAUACUUAAGAGUUUACCAAAUUUUAAUCAUAUUGAUUUAUCUAAUUUACAUCAUAUAUACAUCAUUGGUGAUCUCCAUGGACAAUUAGCUGAUUUAUUACAUAUAUUUAAUGCGAAUGGACUACCUGCAAUUGAUAAUCCAUAUAUAUUCAAUGGAGAUUUUGUUGAUCGAGGUCCAAAUUCAGUUGAAGUUUUUCUUUUACUUAUGGUUGCAUUGAUAUAUUGUCCAAGUUCCGUCUUUCUUAAUCGAGGUAAUCAUGAAGAUAUAAUGGUCACAGUUCGAUAUGGUUUUCAAAAUGAAGUUAAUAAAAAAUAUCCGACACGUAAAACACCAUUACUUGAUCUAUUUAAAGAUAUAUUUAGUUGGCUACCACUUUAUUCAUAUGUUGAUGCGGGAAAAUCUAAACUUAUGAUAGUGCAUGGAGGAAUAUCUGAUCGAAUUAAUUUAAAAAAAAUAAAUACUCUUACAAGAAGUCGAUAUAUUUCAAUUGAAGUACCACCAGAAUCUCAAAGUGGUGGUAAACGAUUGACUGCUGAUGAAGAUAAUGAAUAUCGUCAAAUACAAGAUUUAUUUUGGAGUGAUCCAGAUCCUCAUAAUCGCAAAGGUUGUCGAAAAAAUGAUGCAAGAAAUAUGGCUUGUUUUUUUGGUUCAGAUAUAACAGAACAAUUUCUUAAGAAAUAUAAUCUUUCAAUGCUUAUACGUUCGCAUCAAGUCAAAGAAGAGGGUUAUGAAUUCGCACAUGAUCGCAAAGUUUUAACUGUUUUUAGUGCAUCAAAUUAUUGUAAUGGAUCCAAUUGGGGUGCAAUUGUACGAUGGGAUUAUAAUGAACAAGAGCCAUGGUUAAUUUCAUAUAAAACUGAACCAGUUGAAAUGGAAAAAUUAAGUUUUAAUAAACAAGUAACAUUAUUCGAAGAUCCAGCUUAUCAAUCAUUAUUAGAAAAAAUCAUGACAAAUAAAAGUUUACUUCAAAAAGAAUUUGAAAAAGCGGAUAAAAAUCAAACUAAUCAUUUACCAUUGACAGUUUGGUCUGAGAUUAUGACGAAUAUACUUCAAAUUGAUUUACCUUGGCUUACAUUACGUUCAAAACUUGUACAAGAAGAUACACAAGGAAUUCUUUAUAAUACUAUGUUUGAUGGAUUAACUUUAGAUAAUACGAAAUUUCAAAUGUCUAAUCUCGGUAUUAUGGAAGAUUUAUACAUGUGGAAAGAUAUGCUUAUGUUAUUAUUUAAUUUAAUAGAUUUCAAUCAUUCAGGUUUUAUAAGUCGUAAUGAAUUUUCUGAUUGUGUUAAACUUUUACUCUAUGGUGAAAAUGGUAAUGGUGAUGUAAAUGAAGCAUAUAUUGAGGAACUUAGUUCUGCUAUGGAUUUGGAUAAAAAUGGAAAAAUUGAUAUUAAUGAAUUUCUUGGUAAGAUAUAA